AUGAAAGUGAAAUGUCCAUUUAUACUGAGAUCUAUGCCAAGUGAAAGCAGAUGGAAGAUCAUAGUCAGGUGUGAGUUUCACAAUCAUAUGCUAGCUAAGGACUUAAAUGGGAAUGCUGUACUAGGUCCUUUAAAAGAUUAUAAAAUAAAGUUUGUGAAUGACAUGACCAAAUACAACUUGGCUCCCAAAUACAUAGUUGCUGCUUUAAAAGAUAAAGAUCCAGAAAAUCUAAUGAGCAUUAACGAGGUUUAUAAGGCAUACAAUGCGAGCAAGAGAUGUCCGUUGACUGAAAUGAAACAUCUGAUGAAUUUAAUCCAUGAAGAUAAAUACAUGUAUCAGACAAGAAAUAGAGAUUCUUCCAAUGUUAGUACUGAUCACUAA